GGGGCUCGUGCUGUCUAGGUGCCUGGACCCCCUCCACCCCAGCGGGUUCUCUGGGAUCUGAGCGGGUGAGCUGGUCUGGGAUGGUGAAGAACACAUAUAUGCGCUGGCGGCUGCCGCUCGUCUGCCUCCUCUGGGAGAUCGCUAUGAUCGUCCUCUUUGGGGUCUUUGUGCGUUUUGACCCCGAAGCCGAUGCACACUGGAAGGAGGAGCGGCGCCAGAAGAACCUCACCAGUGACAUAGAGAACGAUUUCUACUUCAGGUAUCCAUCUUUCCAGGAUGUCCACGUCAUGAUCUUCGUGGGUUUUGGCUUCCUGAUGACAUUUCUCCAGCGCUAUGGCUUUGGAGCUGUUGGCUUCAACUUCCUCCUUGCCGCCUUCGGGAUCCAGUGGGCUCUCCUGAUGCAGGGCUGGUUCCAUUCUUUCGAGAAUGGAAAGAUACUCAUUGGAGUGGAAAACCUGAUCAAUGCAGAUUUCUGCGUUGGUUCUGUCUGCAUCGCCUUUGGGGCCAUCCUGGGCAAAACCAGCCCUGUGCAGCUGCUCACCCUGACGUUGUUUCAAGUCACGCUCUUUGCUGUGAAUGAGUACAUCCUCAUCAGCCUGCUCCACGUUAAAGAUGCUGGUGGAUCCAUGACCAUUCAUACCUUUGGAGCCUAUUUUGGCCUGACAGUGACCAGAAUUCUGUACCGGCCCAACCUGGAACAGAGUAAAGACAAGCAAGGCUCUGUGUACCACUCCGACCUCUUUGCUAUGAUCGGUACCCUGUACCUGUGGAUGUACUGGCCCAGCUUUAACUCAGCUGUUUCAAACCAUGGGGAUGCGCAGCACCGAGCCGCCAUUAACACCUACUGCUCACUGGCCUCCUGUGUCCUCACCAGCGUGGCCUUCUCCAGCCUGCUGCAGAAGAAAGGCAAGCUCGACAUGGUUCAUAUCCAGAAUGCAACGCUGGCUGGUGGUGUGGCUGUGGGGACCAGCGCGGAGAUGAUGCUGACUCCAUACGGAUCCCUCAUCGUUGGAUUCCUCUGUGGCAUCGUGUCCACCGUUGGAUUCGUCUACCUCAUGCCAUUCCUGGAGUCCAAGCUGAACAUCCAGGACACCUGCGGCAUCCACAACCUACAUGCCAUGCCGGGGCUUAUUGGGGGGAUCGUGGGGGCUGUCACCGCAGCCGCAGCCACUGAAGAGGUGUAUGGAAAGGAAGGGCUCAUCAGUGCCUUUGAUUUCACGGGUGACUACAAGGAUUGGACGCCCACUGUCCAAGGGGGGUUCCAGGCAGCUGGCAUUUUCGUGUCCCUGGCCAUGGCCUUGGCUGGGGGGGCCAUUGUGGGUGCUAUUUUGAAAUUGCCGUUCUUGGGGGACCCUGCUGAUGAGAACUGCUUUGAGGAUGAUGUCUAUUGGGAGGUGCCUGAGGAUGAGGAGAGCGGCCUGUACCACAUGCAUGACCCCACCCUCAAACCUGUGACUUCCUAACCCACCUGGGUGGCAUUUGGACUCCUCCUCCGUCUCUAGCUCUCCAGAGACACUACUGGUGUAUUUUGAGAAAAGGAGGUGCCCUGCGACAAUCCCCAACUGGACACAGACUCUUUGAGUGCUUCCGAAGGCCCCAUUUCCUUUCCCACAUUCCCCUCUGUGGUGGGAUAGCUUGGAAGAGGCCCUGUUUACACUAAGCAACACACUGGAGAACAGCCAGUGAAGCCAUAUGUCUUUGCUUACCUGAGAGCACGGGGCCAGAGGUUUGAAACAGACACUGCGGCAUCUCCCUUAGCACUGCCACAGGGCAGCGGCAGUGGGAGGGGGCUUAGCACCUAUGGGGGGAGUUGUUUUACUAGGUGCUUGUUGGGUGGGAUCUCUCAGGUUUCAAGUUCCCAGAUUUCACACGGGAACAAUUCAGCUGGCGCUGUGUCUGGGCCCAGAGUUAACUGGACCCCACGACACCUUGGAUGCUGGGGAUUGUGGAGGGUGAAGGGCCAAUAAUAAUGGAUCCAGUUCGGGGGUAAGAGAAGCCUGUCCUUGCAGCUGGGGGGCACUGUUACACUUAGAGGAGAUAAUCAUACUUGGCACAUAUCCAGUGCUUUGCAAUCGUUAAUAAUUAACCCUCCCAACACCCCUGUGAAGUGGGUAAGCAUCAUUACUCCUAUUUGGCAGAUGGGGAACAAGGGGCACAAGGAAAGAAAGUGACUUGCUCAAGGGAUUAGAGUCUGCGUGCCUACCCCCUUUCUCAGUUCCUUUGCGAUGCUGACUCAAAACAAAUGUUUGCUUUCUUGGCCUGACCACCGGGUCCCUGACUCCUGGAGCUCCCCGACUCCUGGAGCUCGGUUGCCCUUCUCUCACCUUCCUCUUUGUCAUUAGCUCUUGCUCCUGGACGUGUGAAUAAAAAGCACUGUGUUAUUCUU